UACCUUAUUCCUCCUCCUAUACGAGCUCGUGCCAUAAAUGAUAAUGAACCUAGCUUAAGAACACAAUCUGAAUACUUAAACGAUGAGAUUAUAUUUCAUAACAAAACUAAUAGUUAUUCAGCGAUUUUUAAGACAAGAAAUGCAAGCAAUUAUCCUUCUGAUAGUAAAUAUAAUAUACAAUCUCGUGUCAUAAGUGAUGAUGUAAGUGAUGAUGAUAGUGGAGAUGAUAAUAACAGUGAAGAUGGUAAUAAUGAUAAUGAAGCUGGACCAAGCAUACAACGUAUGUUCUUUAAUGGAGAUAGUUUAUUUAAUUCUGAUGAUGAGGGUUGUUCUGCAGGUUUUAAGGCAAGAAAUGGAAGCGAUGAAUAUGUAGUAAUCGCAGGACAUUGUUUUAAUAAAGAAAGUUAUGGUAGGCGUUACUAUGUAACGUUUCAAACCGAAAACGGGUUUGAGAAGUUUUUUGUUGGUACUGCGGAGUAUUCUCAAAUUGAACCAUUCGAUUAUGGUUUAAUACUAGGACACUCUGAAGAAAUAAAGCAUUCACCGAAUAUAAUACAUCGUGAAGUUUUCGAUCAUACAGGUGAAGGCGAUAUAGAACAAAGAAUUGUUAGAGACUAUUUGCCAAAGGUGAGAUUUUUAAGUCGUACUAAACCUGCAAAGUUUUUUAUGUUAUGGUUAGAGAAUCAAGGUUAA